CAAGGCAACAUCGAGACCUCAGGGGAGCACCAUCACCACCGAGAGCAUCAAACACACACACAUCCACCAUGGGCAGGAUUGCGUUCUACGAGGACAAGAACUUCCAGGGCCGCCGCUAUGAGUGCGACAGCGACUGCUCCGACUUCCACGCCUACCUGAGCCGCUGCAACUCCAUCCGGGUGGAGAGCGGCGCCUGGGUGGUGUACGAGAGGCCCAACUUCAUGGGCUACCAGUACGUCCUGACCCGGGGGGAGUACCCAGACUCCCAGCGCUGGAUGGGCCUCAACGACCGCCUCAGCUCCUGCAAGAUGGUCCACUUUACCGGGGGGGCCCAGUAUAAGAUCCAGCUGUAUGACAAGGAAGACUUCGGGGGCCAGGCCUUCGAGGCCUCCGAGGACUGCCCCUCCCUGCUGGAGAAGUUCCGCUGGAGGGAGGUGCACUCCUGCAAGAUCCUGGACGGCUGGUGGGUUUUCUACGAGAAUCCCAAUUACCGCGGGCGCCAGUACUUCCUGGAGAAGGGCGAGUACUGCAAGCACGGGGACUGGGGGGCCGCCAGUCCCACGGUGCAGUCCUUCAGACGCUUCACCGAAUGAUUUCACACACACUUCCAAACACGUGGCAAGAUUUGAUUGACUAUUUUGUGCUUUUGAACUGAGGUCUCCAAAAUAAAACCUGUCCAAUGAGCAGACUGA